AAAAAACAGCCCAUGAUUUAAGCAUAUUGCGGACAGAUUAUAGGCUACAUAUAGGUUAGAUUAUGCAGCAUUGAUUAAACGACGCAGAGUCAACAAGAAGCAAAAUGGCGCAGGCACCUGCUCAUUCCUCACACUGCGACCUGAGCUCAUCCUUUUCCUUACACCGAAUAACGAGCCUUGAGAUGACCGCGCGAAUAUCUCUAUCCCUCUAUCCAUCUCUCCGCCGGAACAGAACCACACACAAGUUCCACCGUAACGAACAACAACGAAAUUCAUCUCCUGACGAAUCUAACGAACAGAUCCAACAUCGCCCUGUAUCCUCCACAGUAAAUCCCGAAGGCUCGCGUCUGACCGUUAACGCGCGCGAGCGACCGCGCAUGCGCGCCCUGAACGCCGCGCUAGAGGAUCUGCGGGCCGCGAUACCGUUCAGAGGAAAUCACAGCAAGAAACUGUCAAAGAUCCCCACACUGCUGCUGGCCAAGAACUACAUCCUCAUGCAGGCUCACGCCUUGGAGCAGAUGUGCGAGAUAAUCGAGCAACGAAACCUCGAAUAAAGUGUCGUAUCAUCCGUGUUUCUACCGCAUGAUCCGAGGCGGCGGGAUUCUGUAGGUCCUGAGGGACUGGUUUCUGGUUUUCAUGUAUUUCUGUACAUCUAAACAAGUUUCAUUAUGUAGGCUAUAUGGAAGACGGCAUAUUCAUUUUUAUUAUUUGAUACAUUUAAUAUGUGACACAUUUUCAGUUGUGACAAUUUUAAUCUGUGGCACUACCCUUAGGCUAUACGUUUUAACCCCUUAUAUGCUUUGUUUAUUUGUAGGCUACUAUAAAGAAAACAAUAAAACAUUCGUCUGA